AUGGCCAAAUCGGUCGACUAUGAGCAGUUCAAAGGAAAACCAUUUCAAGUCAUCUCCAAACUAGGAGUGAGAUACACAGGCAUCUUUGAAAGUAUCUCGCAACAAGACCAAACUAUUUGUUUGGCUGAGGUAUACAACCAUGGUACAGAAGAUCGACCGACGGCAAGGAAGAUACCUGCCAGACCCACAUCUCUAGGUUGGGUACUUUUCCACACCGAAUCCAUUGAAUCUCUCGCUAUAAUCAACGACCAUGUCCCUCCAGGCGCGCCCCAUGAGGAUCCCAUCAUAGCAGCCGUUGGUACUAAAGCACCUCCGGCAGCCUUCUCGGCUCCAGCCCCGCAACCACAAACUCAGUCUCUCCCUCAACCCCCACUUCCACCUAUAAGUCAACCACAGUAUCAGCCUCUGCCUCGGCCACAACAUCAACCCAGCCCUCCACCUCCUCAGUUACCUGUUCAUCAGGUCUCGUCGCGGUCAAGUUCUCAAUCCGGAAGGUCCAGCCCACGCAUCAGGCACGAACUCCCUGCUCGACCCGACUUUGCCCAAUCCGCUAGCACGGCCCUAGACCGCAUCCAGCGCUCCAUCUCCGACUUGCACGUCACCCGUCAAACCUCUCCUAAAAAACAUGCACCUCCUGCAGUUCCAGAUGCAGAGUUUGACUUUUCCGCUGGCACACAAGUUCUCGAAAAAGAGCGUGAAUUGCUCAAGCGUAAUCAAGCCGGUACUGCGUCACCGUCGCAAGUGUUGGAAGAAGUUGGAAUACCGGAACGGUCACCUCAUCCCGCAGCUAUCGUGUCGAAUGGGGACGCAUUCCCCGUUGAAAAUGAUAAUGGCUCAAGGGGUAAAUCUAGUUCAGCGUACAACAAGAAGUCGUUCUUUGACGGCCUGAGUGUGGACAGUGCCAGGACAAAUCGGAUGGAAGAGCGGAGUCGAAAUUUGGAUACCUUUGGCGAACCAGGUGUCCCGAGUGGACCCAUGGGCAAUGGCAUGCGAGGGAGAGGGAUGGCAAGGGGAGGUUACCAGGGACAGAGCAGGGGCGGGUAUCAGGGGGGAAACAGAGGAGGAUAUCAGCCACAAUAUAUGGGCGGGCCUUCAGGUCAAGGCGCACCUCCGUUUUCCGGUCAAGGUAUGGGGGGAUUUCAAGGACAGGGCAUGAGGGGCAAUGGUUUCAGGGGAAGGGGCGGAAGAGGUCGUAUGGGUCCACCAGUGUCACAGUGAUCGAGUGAUUGUGAGAAGAGGACAUUCCGGGUUUGAGCGAGGGGUGGUAUAGUUCGUGGUCGUCAGAAGAGCAAUUCAAAAUAUGUGAGAUUCAGCAUUAUGCAUUUCUCUUCACAGUGU